AUGGCGUCUCUCGUUUGCGCCAUAUCCGGCGUCAUUCCGGAGGAGCCGGUUUUCUCCGUUAAGACAGGACUCAUCUACGAGAAGCGUCUGAUUAAGAAGCAUCUCGAAACCAGCGGCGUCUGCCCAGUUACUUCUCAGUCGCUGAGUGAAGAUGAUCUCUCAGAUGUAAAAUGUCCGAAGGCGGCGCGCCCUCGACCUGUGACCGCCGCGUCGAUUCCUGGGUUGCUGUCGCUCUUCCAGAGUGAAUGGGACGCGACUAUGACGGAAGUCUUUGCUCUCAAACAACACCUCGAAACGGCCCGACAGCAACUAAGUCAAUCUCUGUAUCAACAGGAUGCAGCAACCCGAGUUAUUUCUCGUCUUCUUCGAGAGCGAGACGCAAGUCGCCAGCAAGUCCACGCACUGCAACAGCAGUUGCUUCAGGCGCAGAAGCGGGCUGCGGCGUCAGGGGCUGGAGGCGAUGCUGAUGAAGAACCCGGUUUAUCCGAGGAGCUCGUCCAGCAGAUGCAGGCGCUGGCCAAGCAGCUGCUGGUGGCGAGAAAGAAACGCCAGAUCGACGACGUCCUGCCGGCCUCCCGCGCGGCUUCGUUCAAGUGUAUCUACAGCCUGCCUCUGCAUUCGUCUGCUGACCGCGGAGUCUUGUGUUGUGAAUUCGAUCCGAAGAACCCGAAAUCCGUCACGGCGACCGGGGGCUACGACGGCAAUGUCAUUCUCUUCGAUCUGGAGAAACAGAAGACGUUGUAUAAGUUGACGGGACACACCAAGGCUGUUCGGAGCACGAAGCUGCAUGUGUCGGAGCCCGUUGUGAUCUCGGCGUCCGAUGAUAAGACCGUCAGGAUUUGGCGAGCCUCCGGCGACGGCCCGUACAAAACGGCGGCGACCAUUCGCAAGCAUCGCGGCGAAGUCACUUGCCUCUCACUCCAUCCCCUCGGCAAUUACUUCGCUUCCUGCGCGGCAGAUAAGUCUUGGGCGUUCUCCGACAUACAAGACGGCAGAUGCCUGCAAAUGCAAAGAAACCUCUCUUGCCAGUACAAGUGCGUUUCUUUCCACCCCGAUGGCAUGAUUCUUGGAGGAGGAGGCGUCGACGGCAGCGUGCACAUCUGGGACAUGAAGGGCUUGGCGUAUCGCGCUGCGCUGAAGGGGCAUGGCGGCCCCAUCAAUCAACUCGCCUUCUCUGAAAACGGCUAUUACCUCGCGACUGCUAGCAGCGAUGGAACAGUUCGCUUGUGGGAUCUAAGAAAGUCUCUCUCGUUCCAAACCAUCGACAUGAACGAGGCGAAUCCCGGAGAGGGCGAUAAACAGAAACUAGAAGCCGCGUGCGUCACUUUCGACAAGAGUGGGCAGUACAUUGCAUGCGGGGCGACUAAUAAUGCUAUUGCUCUCUACCAUUUCGAAGCCAGAGCUGCGGCGGCCAAUGUCAUUAAUCUCCUGGAUCACACCGACAAGGUGACAGAUGUCAAGAUCGGAGAAGGUGCCGCGAUGCUGCUGUCUUCCUCCAUGGAUCGAACUGUACGCGUGUGGACCCCUGCAGAGGAAGACGAAGAAUGA